AUGUUGUCGGUCGUGCUGAGUGCAACAACCACCAACACCACCACGAUAACCAUGAACAGAGGCGAGCAGGAGAAUCUCUACCGGCAGUCACGCAAUCUACGGCUGCAGCAGCAGGAAGCGAAGGCGCAACAGCAGCGCUCGCAGCAGCAGCACCAGCAACUCGGCAAGCGCCACUACUCGUACGGAAACAUCCACCAGUUUGGGGGUGCCACCGUGGCACUGCCCCCGAUCAUGAUCGCGCGCGGGCUUGGCUCGUUUGCGCUCGACGAUCAGGACCGAUCGCGGCCACCGGCCUGCGAUGAUCUUGUGCUGAGCGUGCUCAAGUCUCCGGUAAAGGAGACGACGAACCUGCUGACUGGCAGUCGGUCCGCGAUCUCCGCCAGUCCGAGCGCGGGUAGCAACGGGAUCGCGAUGGGUGGUGGGUCCACCACCCAAACGCAAACCCCGAGCCCGUCCGGUGGCGGGGGUGGAUCAACGAGCGGCGGUGGAGGAGUCGGUGGGUUGAUGAGUUACCGAGCGCUCCAAGGCUCGGAGGACGAUCUCGUGGACGACGUGGAGUCAGCGAUCGAGACGACCGAACUGAACGCGGGCGAUCCGCACAAAGCACCACUCCACCCGUCCGGGUCGUCCCCGCGGGCCCUCAAGUUCCUGCGGCGGUUUCGGCCGGGAAAACCGGCGCGUACAUUCGAACCCCACCAUAAGCGGGUACCGACGCCGAUGCGCCGCAGAAACCGUAGCCGAUCGCGCUCGAACGACAUCCUGGAUGGGGUUGGUGCGAGCCAGGGUCAGAUCGUCGUCGAUGACGAUGAUGACGAUGACGAUGACGAUGACGUCGAUAUGGACGGGAACGAGCUACCGGGCGUCUCCAUGGGGCUGCAUCACGGUGGCAACGAUGCGAUCGGUGGAACGUCGAGUGCGGGCGGUGGUGGCAGUGGCAAUGGUGGCAAAAAUCUUGGCGUACCGAAUCCGUACUACCCGAUCGCGCUACCGAUCGACCAGGCGUUCAAGGCCAAAUACGUUUUCCACCAUCGGCGGGGCAAAACCGUCCAGGAGCGGUUCUACGUCUUUCUCGAGCAUCCCGGCGGCUGGCUGUGUUUUGUAUAUCACUUUUCAGUAUUUCUGCUUGUUUUAGUGUGUCUGAUAUUUAGCGUAUUGUCGACGAUAGACGAGUACAGUAAGUUCGCGAACGAGACCUUAUUCUGGAUGGAGAUCUGCCUGGUGGUGUUCUUCGGCGUCGAAUACCUGGUGCGGCUCUGGUCCGCCGGUUGCCGAUCGAAGUACAUGGGCUUCUGCGGCCGGUUGCGCUUCAUCCGCAAACCAAUCUGUAUUAUAGAUCUUAUUGUAGUCGUAGCGUCUAUGGUUGUGCUGUCAGUGGGCUCAAAUGGUCAGGUGUUCGCAACGAGUGCCAUCCGAGGCAUUCGCUUCCUGCAGAUCCUCCGGAUGCUGCACGUCGAUCGGCAGGGUGGCACCUGGCGGCUGCUCGGUUCGGUUGUCUUCAUCCAUCGGCAGGAGCUGAUUACGACGCUGUACAUCGGUUUCCUGGGGCUCAUCUUCAGCUCGUACUUUGUGUACCUCGCGGAGAAGGACGUGCUCGGGCCGGACGGUAAGGCGGACUUUGCCAGCUACGCCGACGCGCUCUGGUGGGGCGUCAUCACCGUCACGACGAUCGGGUACGGUGACACGGUACCGCAAACCUGGAUGGGCAAGAUCGUCGCCUCCUGCUUUAGUGUGUUCGCAAUCUCGUUCUUCGCACUGCCGGCCGGUAUCCUGGGAUCCGGGUUCGCCUUAAAAGUACAACAGAAGCAGCGCCAGAAGCACUUCAACCGCCAGAUACCGGCCGCCGCCAUGCUGAUCCAGUGCCUGUGGCGCUGCUACGCCGCCGACAAGAGCUUCCACAGUGACGCCACCUGGCAGAUCUACGUCAAGUCGAACGACAGCGGCAACAACAACGGCAACAGCAGCACCGCCCUUCCCUCUCAGUUGGGCAAAGUGAGUGCGAUGUUUAGCGGUACCCUAAUGGUGCAGGUGGCGCGGCGUGGUGCAUCGGUGCUGAAGCGGCGCAAGUCCCGGAAUCGCAUGGAGGCGCCCCAGAUGAAGCCACCACUCAGUGCCGGCCCCGGAUCGGGUGUCGGCCCUUCGGCGGGUGGUGGUGGCUCAACGACGACAACGACGGCCCCGACGAGUGCUCUUCCGAGUGCUUCCGGUGGUGCGAGUGGUGCUGCCGGAGCGACAUUGGCUCAAGCGGAGGGAUCAGCCCUUGGGACGCCCGCAACGGCCGGUGGUGGAGGAGCGAGCGGAACCGGUGGACCAUCGGCGGAACUGACGAAAAGCGAAUCCGACGGAGAUGUCGUCUUCUACAUGGAGGAACCACGAUCGGCAGGAACGCCACUGCGAACGCGUCGCAACGAUCCAAACCGGGGAGUGUUCGUUAGCCAGAAUAGCUCCGUGACGGAAGCCCCGAGCGACGAAGUGGAAGCCGAACCGGAACCGGACGACGAACCGGAACCGGCCCGUGUCACGCAGCUAACGGAGGCGCACCGGAAUGCGAUACGCGCGAUCCGGAAGAUCAAGUACUUUGUGGCACGGCGCAAGUUCCAGCAGGCGCGCAAACCGUACGAUGUGCGGGACGUGAUCGAGCAGUACUCACAAGGCCACCUCAACAUGAUGGUGCGCAUCAAGGAGCUGCAGCGCCGGCUUGAUCAGACGCUUGGCAAACCGGGCAGUUAUCUGGCCGGCAUCGAUCGAGUUGGCAACAUCAAACCGAUGACGGUUGGGGCGCGGCUGUACCGAGUGGAGCAGCAACUAUCUGUGAUGGACAAGAAAUUGGAUCAAUUAACGCACGCCAUCAACUCGAUGACGAUGCAGCACCAGAAGAUGAUAUUACCACCGAUGCAGCCGUACCAGCAGCACCCGUUGCAUCAGCAGCAACAGCAGCAACAUGUGGUGCCACCCGGGGUGCAUCCGUUGCACUCGCCAGCAACACUCGGUGCGAUCGUGCAACACCAACAGCAGCUGCUGCACGGUCAACAGCAACAGCAGCAGCAGCAGCAGCAGCAUCAGCAACAAAUCUCCCCACUGCAGCUGCCAGCCGCCCCGUCCCAGGCUUCCUCUCCCUCGCUUGCGAUGAAAUGUCUCGAGGACGACGUAUAA